UGUACACUCUUAGUCACAUGUCACAUCAUAGAUUCAUCUCUGAUCAAUUUACCUUUGUGUUAGUUAAGAUGCGUCGUAGAAACAUUUUUUUAUGAGAAAUUCAGGAAAAAUUCGAGGCCAACAAUUAACGACGAUACCGUCUAUACUUUCGAUUGUCAUACACGGUGAACCGGGUCAAAAUGACAUUCUUAUUCAAACAUGUGAAGCAUUUAAUCGUAUCUUGCAUAGAAAUCUGCGUUAAAAUCUACUUUCAAAUUGCAUGGAUUCAACCAAUGGGUAUAGUAGCGACGUCUAUUGAUUUGCGCGCGCAUUAUUAUCGAUAAUGGCGACGUUCAUGAUUCGAAAAUGAUGUUCAAAAAUAGUUUUAAAUAUUACAAAAGUCGUAAGCCAUUUCCCGAUUUGAAAGAUGUAAUCGAUUUAAACAAUCCAAAAUGUAGCAGAGUUAUCGGUUUUAGAGGGAAAUUGUUGAACACAGAAACUGAACAUCAAGUAGGAUUAAAACCAGUUAGAGAUUGGAAAGUUUUUGAAUUUGUAGAUAUUCCGGGACUUAUCAUUAUAAAAAAUCCAUUUAACAGUCGCGCACAACGGUAUUGGAUUAUUCAGGCUUUAAAAUAUUACUCAAGAAAACCAUCCAAAUUAAAUUUGGAUGCGCAUGAUCUUUUAAAAGAGGAUGAACUUUGGUGGGAUGUAUGUUUUGGACAAUCUAAAAGAGCUAAACAAUUAAUACCAAAAUUAAGAUGGGCAACAUUGGGAUAUCAUCACAAUUGGGAAACAAAAUUAUAUUCUGAAACAAAUAAAACAGAAAUGCCUGCUAAUUUGUCAUUAUUGGCUUCAGUUUUGGCACAAAGCUUAGGAUAUACAAAUUUUAAAGCUGAAGCAGCAAUAGUUAAUUAUUAUAGAAUGAACUCUACCUUAGGUGGUCAUGUUGAUCAGUCUGAAAUUGAUACAGAUGCACCUUUGAUCUCUAUAAGUUUUGGUCAGACUGCAAUAUUUUUAAUUGGAGGACUUACACAAGAUGAAGAAGCUGAUGCUAUGUAUUUGCAAAGUGGAGAUGUACUAAUAAUGUCUGGAAGCUCACGUUUAAGGUACCAUGGAGUACCAAAAAUUUUACCAGUUAACAAUGCACCAUGGGAUGAUGAAGAAGCAAAUGAUAACAAUCAAUAUUGUAAAUGGGAUCAAGAGGACUGGAACAAAGCAAAGACUUAUAUUUCAGAAGCUAGAGUGAAUAUGACUGUGAGACAAGUAUUAAAACCUGGACAGUUAACUGUAUCAUAAAAUAUUGUACAAAGUUUCCUUGUAUAGUUUUAUUAAAAAUACUUAUAUCAAUUA